AUGUUAGCUAUAACUUUUGCAGUAAAAACCUUCGACUGGUCAUCAACAUCAACCAAUCAACAAGUAAUAACAACAACAACAACAACAACAACUCCCACCACCACAGCAUUUAAUCAGUUGCUCGGCUAUCGAUUACUCCAACACGAUGGUCAUGAAUGUGCUAAGGCAACCAAUUACGUAAACACGACUGUAUUGGAAGGCAAAGCUGUCGCCCUUUAUUUUUCUGCUCACUGGUGCCGGCCUUCACGAGAAUUUACAGUGAAAUUAGUUGAAGCAUACAACAGCGUUUACGAAGAUGUGAAAGACAAGUUUGAGAUUGUGUUUCUCUCGUGGGACAAUGAAGAAAGUGCAUUUGAAAGUUUUUACAAAGAUAUGCCAUGGAAAGCGUUACCAUUUUCGGUAUUAAAUCAAAAUGUGACAACAAUAAUGAACAUGGCAGCCACAAAAAACUUGACGACAUCACUUAAGACCAAACCAACGGAAACGACAGCUCUGACUCUGUUGCUGGGUGAGCAAUUACUUCAGCACAGCGCUGAAGGAAAAUUCCAACUCAAUACUUACAUAUCUACGAGUGAACUUGAAGGCAAAACUAUUGCUCUUUACUUUUCUGGUCAAUCGUGUCAGUCGUCCCGAGAAUUUACACUUAAACUUGUUGAAAUUUACAAGAGCGUUUACAAAGAUGUGAAAGACAAAUUUGAAAUCGUAUUUAUAUCCUAUGAUAAGGAUGAUAAGUGUUUUGAUAGCUAUUACAAACAAAUGCCAUGGAAAGCGUUGCCAUUUGUUGAUCGAACGCGUUGGAAUGCGCUCAAAACAAAAUACGCAGUAGGUGGAAUUCCAUGUUUAGUGGUUCUAUCUGCAGCUGGUCAAAUUCUAUGUUCAAAUGGUGUACAAGAAGUGAACAGUAAAGAUACCAAUUGUGUUCUACGAUGGGCAAGAGCUGGCGAAAAGACAGAAGAAAUAGUUUUCAACGAAAAUCAACAAGAACCUGAUGAAGAAAUUCAUGGGCAAGCAAAUGAGAAACUUGCUAACACAGUAGAUGCAAAAACUGUUAAAAGGCUAAACACGAAACUGGCUGAAAAUAAAAUUCGUGUUCUGAAGGGCUUCUUCCAUAAUAAUGCAACAUCAAAACGAUACCACAAGAUGAACUGCGAAAAUCCGUUGCACGGAAAUAUUCUUGAGUUAGAUCUUAUCGCAACGUUCUCUGAUCAGUGCACUGAUUCAAAUGACACGUGCAAAUUAAAAUUACUGGAACAGUUAAAAGAUACCUUAACUCAACAUUUCAAUAUUCCUAUUACGGUUGAACUUAUUGAUGAUCAGUCUACGACUAUCGAUGUCAAGCUAUGUAAUAUCACAGAAAUCGCAGUCGAUAUCACAGCAGUACCUAUCUUGGUAACUGAUAGUUUCUGUUCCUUGGUUCCUGCUAAAAUUAUGCUUUUUGUCAUGGACGGCGAGCAAGGAACAGGUAUUCAUGAUGAAAUGCAAACGACCACCGCGAUCAUAGAUUAUGAUAAUCAACAUAAUCAAACUGUUACAUUGCAUGAAGAGACAGUAAAUUUGCUACGUAUUCAGCUGGAUUGUACUCAAAAAUCCACUAUCGAUUCACUAAACUAUGACUGUAGUCAUGUUCAUCAUGUGGAUGUGUGGAUUGAUUUUAAUGACGACGGAAAUUUCGAUGGAGCAGAGAAUCGAGUCGAUGUACGAUCUCCAAACAAUGGUGAGUUGCCAGUAGGAACCUACGAUUUGAAAAUUUCAAUACCUGCUAUCGAUGGUCGUCGGACGAAAUAUGGGUUACAUCGAAUGCGGAUUCAAGUGAUACCGAGUGACGAUUACAUUAGCAAAUGCGGCCAAGCUGAUUACAGUGAAACACGAGAAUAUACAGUCAACAUCAUUCCGACGAGUCAAGACUCAGUAAUGUCACCUGUGAUCCCACCCGUGAUCUCUAAUAAUCCAAUCUGUUCCGUGAAACCUGCAAGAAUCAUGUAUGUUCACAUGGCUGGACAACACGGUACAGUGAUUCGAGAUGAGACGAAAUCCGAUAUUCGAAUCAAUGACUAUCAAAAACUGCAUCAUAUUACGGCUACAUUAUAUGAAAGUUCUGUAACCACACUACGUAUUCAGUUGGAUUGUACUGAGCAAUCGUAUGAUGAUUCUACUGAUAAUGGCUGUAGUCUUGGUUACGAUAUCAAUGUUUCGAUUGAUCUUAACGACGAUGGAAAUUUUGACGAUGGCGAGAACCGAGUCGAUGAUCGAUCAACUAACCAUGAUGAAAUGCCUCAGGGAACAUACGAUUUCAAAAUUUCCAUACCUGCUAUCGAUGGUCGACAAAUAAAAGCUGGACCACAUCGAAUGCGUCUCCGACUGACACCAAGCGAAAUUUAUACUAGAAGAUGUGGCAGAUCCGACUACAGUGAAAUACGAGAAUAUAUAGUCAAUAUUAUACAGACGACUAGAUUUGAAGUACCAGCCGUGAUUUCUCCUGUGGUACCCAGUAAUUCACUUUGUUCUGUGCAACCUGCUAGAAUUAUAUUUGUUAACAUGGUUGGACAGCAAGGUACAGAGAUUCGAGAUGAAACUGGAACAAAUUAUGUAAUUAGUGAGCAUCGAAACCGCCAUCAUGCCACUGUUACUUUAUAUGAGAGCACUGUUAAUAUACUACGAAUUAAUUUAAACUGUGCUGGAAAACCUCAUCAAGGCUUGCAUGAUGAUGCAUGUAAUCUUAGUUAUAACAUCGAUGUUUGGAUCGAUCUGAAUGAUGAUGGGAGAUUUGAUGAAAUAGAGAACCGAGUUCUUCAUCGAUCACUAAUGCAUAGUCGUGGGCCGCGUGGAGCGUAUGAUCUGGAAAUUUGUACACCUGCUAUCGAUGACAGGUAUGCAAGAAUCGGGCAACACCGCAUGCGCCUUAGUCUGAUGGUUAGUGAUGAUUAUCGAAAACAAUGUGGUGAGACUGACUACAGUGAAACACGAGAAUACAUGGUCAAUAUUGUUCCAAAGGCGAUAUGUGAAGGUAAAAUCUAUUCAAUUGUUAUAUAA